AUGGACACGGAAAUCAUAGAGAAACUAGUGCUAGUGGGCAAAAGUCUGGGCCUCGAAGGAAAGGAGCUCCAGGAAUGGGUGAAACUAGAGCAUGACAGAGCUCGCGAUGAACGCGCAGCGGAGCGACAAAGAAAAAAGGAAGAGGCUGAAGCUGCGGGAAGGUUGAAAAAACUAGAGUUGGAACACCUGGAGAAAGAAAAAGAAUUAAUCCUACUUAGGGGCCAGGGAUGUGGAAGCGCAGAAAAUAUGACGACCACAGGAUCCGCAAAGUUUCAGGGGCUAAGUCCCCACAAGCUAUUACCCCCCUUCGAUGAGCGGAAGGACGACCUGGACGCCUACCUCAUCAGAUUUGAGAAGGUUGCCGAAGGGCAGAAGUGGCCCCGGGAUCAGUGGGCAAGUGCACUGAGUAUUUGUCUGACAGGAGAAGCAUUAGCUGUAUAUGGAAGAAUGGCUCCGGCCGACUGUGUUGUGUAUGACAAGGUGAAACAGGCCCUAUUGCAUCGGUUUCGAAUGACGGAAGAAGGAUUCCGCGAAAAGUUUAGGGAUUCAGGACCGAAAGACGGCGAAACUGUUUCCCAGUUUGUAGCCCGCCUUGAUAAUUACUGGGAGAGGUGGAUGGAACUAUCGAGCACUAAGAAAAGCUACAGCGAAGUGAAGGAUUUAUUGCUAAAAGAACAGCUGUUCAGCAACUGCGAAGAGAGGCUAUCGCUCUAUAUGAGGGAACGCAAAGGAGAAAGUCUUCAGGAAUUGAUCAAGAGAGCCGAGCAAUACGUAGAGGCUCAUAACCUCAGAAACUUCGGGAAGAAACAGAAGGGAGUUAAAGAAGAAAGUAGGGGACACUUGGAACGGAAAGGCGUAUCAUUCAACAAGCGAGUAGAGGUAAACGAAAGAGAGCCGCCGCGUUGUUACAUAUGUAACCGGGUUGGGCAUCGCCCCGAAGAUUGUCGCAGCCCCGCAGCUAGAGGUCCGCCACCAAAGUGUCACAAAUGUGGUCGCAUCGGCCACACAAGCUGGAAUUGCCGGGCACGAAACGAAGACCAGACAAGGGGACCAGGACGGGAAGCCACAAAGGAAUCGGUGUCUUUGUGUGUUGAAGAGGGAUUCGUCGAAUUGAAGAAUGGCGUUAAGAUACCCGUAGUGCAGACCGCAGUGUCUGGUCAACAGGGACCCUACAGUAUGAAUAAAUUGCCAGUGACAGAGGGGAAGCUCCAUGAUCGCCCUAUAAACGUCCUUAGGGACACCGGUUGCAAUACCAUCAUCGUACGGAAGGAACUAAUUAAUGAGGAGGAGCUGACAGGCGUCGUACAUCCAGUUUUUCUCGUCGACCAUACCGUAAGAAUGCUCCCCGAAGCCGACAUCUAUGUGCAGACCCCAUUUUUCACGGGUAGAGUGAAAGCCAGGUGCAUGGAUAAUCCGAUGUACGACCUUGUCUUGGGCAACAUAGAAGGGGCACGAAGCGCCGAAGACCCUGAUCCUCACUGGGAGGAAGUCAGCGAAACAACGACUGUGCGGGGAGUACACACGAUUUCCUCAGCUAAUAACUCGCGUGAAAGCGAAGAAGAAUGUACAAGUGGGGUCCGACACAGCCCCCCUCCUUCAAACGACAGCGCGAGCGCCGCGGGCGAAGAAGCUCAUGCGGUCACUACGAGACUGCAAGCGAAGGACAGGGAAAGCCGUUUUCGAAAACUAAGUGUCCCUGGACUUGGAAGGGGACUCAACGCAGAUGACUUCCCCCGAGAUCAAAGAGAAGAUGCCUCGCUUCAAAAGUGUUUUGCGGAGGUAGGAACUGUUAAGCGACACAAAAAGAAAGGAAAGAGUGAGACGAGUUACGUGAUAAUUGAAAACAAACUCUACCGCAAUUGCAUCACCCGGGAAGGCGGUGAACAAGUGCUGCAGCUCGUCGUGCCGAUGAAAUACCGUCAGUCAGUGCUCGAGCUGGCGCAUAACGGCAUGAUGGCCGGACACCUUGGCAGCGGGAAGACCGCGGAACGAAUUCUGAACGAAUUCUACUGGCCUGGUCUCCAGGCCGACGCCAAACGCUUUGUCGCCAGUUGCGGCAUAUGCCAGAGAACGUCACCACGGGGAAGGACCGGCAAGGCACCAUUGCAGAAGAUGCCAGUCAUUGACACACCCUUCAAGAGAGUAGCGAUUGAUAUUGUUGGGCCCCUGCAUCCCCCAUCUUCGAAGGGAAACAGAUUCAUACUCACUCUUAUGGACUAUGCGACACGAUUUCCAGAGGCGGUGGCGCUACCAAGUAUACAGACUGAACGAGUCGCAGAGGCACUGGUCGACAUCUUCAGUCGCGUGGGAAUUCCUGAGGAAAUUCUUAGUGACCGUGGCACCAACUUCACGUCGGACUUAAUGAAAGAAGUGGCGCGGCUGCUAUCCUUACGUCAGCUCACCACUACACCGUAUCACCCAAUGACGAACGGGUUGGUGGAAAAAUUUAAUGGAACACUGAAAACAAUGUUGCGGCGCAUGUGUGCCGAACGCCCAAAGGACUGGGAUCGCUAUCUGGCCCCGCUCCUGUUUGCGUACCGCGAGGUACCCCAGGAAAGCUUGGGAUUCGCCCCAUUUGAACUCCUGUACGGCAGGAACGUGCGCGGCCCCCUAACUAUACUGCGAGAGUUGUGGGACCGGGAAGAAAUUGAGCCGGAAUUGAAGACAACCUACCAGUACGUGUUCGACCUGCGUAACCGACUGGAAGAAACUUGUAGGAUCGCCCACGAGGAGUUGGAGAGAUCUGCGGAGCGUUACGCCCGAUAUUUCAAUGCUCGAGCACAGGAACGGAAACUCAAGUCUGGUGACAAGGUGUUGCUGCUUUUGCCGACGGACUCCAACAAGCUAACGAUGCAGUGGAAGGGUCCCUUCCCCAUCGCCGAAAGACGAGGAGCCGUUGAUUAUCUGGUCGAUCUAGGCCACAUGAAGAAGAUUUUUCACAUUAAUAUGCUCAAGAAGUAUGAGGAGCGAAAAGACACCGCCUCGCCCACACCGCCUCAGGUGACUAUGACAGUGGUCGAGUUAGACGAGCCGGAGCCCAACGAUGAGGUGAACAUGCCCGAGCUCAGCUACGAACGCAAAGAAACGCAUGAAGAUGUACGAAUCGCAGAUUCACUCACCCGAGUGCAAGAGGAUGGUCUGCGAGAAAUCCUACUAAAACACAGGGAAAUAUUCUCGGACGUUCCCGGCAAGACCACGGAAAUCGAGUGUCAUUUGCAGCUGAAUACAACUCGUGUAAUCCACACCAAACAGUACCCGUUGCCAUUCGCGGUGCGGCAUACCGUGGAACAGGAGGUGAGGGAAAUGCUACAAUUAGGCAUCAUUGAGAUCUCAGACUCUCCGUACAAUUCUCCGACGCUGCUGGUGAAGAAGCCGGAUGGAACGAAUCGACUGUGCAUCGACUUUCGCCAACUCAACAAACACCUAGUAUCUGAUGCCGAGCCUAUUCCCAGAGCAGACUGCUUGCUAGCCGAUGUGGGGACUGACAAGUAUUUUUCGAAAAUGGAUUUGACGAAGGGCUACUGGCAAGUACCCCUCAGCCCUGAGUCAAAGCAGCUUACCGCAUUCUCUACAGCAAAUGGACAUUAUCAGUUCAAGAACAUGCCAUUCGGUAUUAAGACAGCACCCGCUGUAUUCGCCAAGCUGAUGCGUAUCAUUCUACGAGACAUACCCCAUGUGCAUCACUAUUAUGAUGACCUACUUAUUGCAACUCCAACAUGGGAAGAACAUACGAAAACUUUGGAAGCCGUCCUGACACGGAUAGCCGAGGCUGGGCUGACGAUUAGACCCACCAAAUGCGAACUGGGAUUCGAGCAGCUCCCAUUCCUCGGACACACUGUCGGCAAGGGUAACCUGUCACCCCAGGAGUCGAUUUUGCAAAAGAUCCAGGAUGCCCCAAGACCCAAGACGAAGAAACAAGUUCGGUCGUUCUUGGGCUUGGCUGGGUAUUAUCGGGAUUUCGUAAUCAAUUACGCCUCCCUCGCGGCACCACUUACCGACCUCACGAAGAAACGGGCAAGCAACGUCGUUCAGUGGACGGACAGUAGUGUGUAA